CAUAGUGUCUCUAAUGAUGUACUUCCCCAGACUUGUCAACCGGCGCAAAAUGGGUGUUUGUACAAGCAUCAACCUUCAAAAUUGGCAUUCAUAGUUCAAAAGACGCCUUUUAGUGUAAGAAGAGAGAAUGCCUGUUUUAAUCGAAAGAACUCGACCUACAAAAGAUCAGUUGAGGGCGGUCUAUGCCUACAUAAGGCGACAGCGGGAGAAAGGAAAACAAGCUCUUGCCGAAAGCAAAGCGAAAGAAGAAGAGGAGAAACAGCGAAAAAGGGAACAGGAGAAGAAAAAAGAAACAGUUGAAGAUGUGAAAAAGGAGAUCGCCAAGUUAGAAGCUAAACUAGAAGAACUGAAGCAGAAGAAACACGAUCUCUUUUCGCAAUUCAAGAAAGCUUUAAAUUAUGAAGAUGAAAUUAGAAAACAACAGGAACUACAAGCAGUGAGGGCUGCCGCCUCUUCUGUUCAUGUAGCAAGUUCUUUAGGUGUUCAGGGUUUGUCUACAGGACAAGCUGCACUGACAUCAAGUGUACAGCAACAAUCAGCUCUUGUGGAAAAUACUUCAAACUCAGGUAAUCACGAAAGAACCAAACAAUACACUUAUUCUUGCUUUGCAAUCACGUGACGUGGCGGCCAUGUUGGUGGUUAAUACAAUAAAAAAAUUGUUAUAUUCCUAGACUUUCACUCAACUGAGAAGGGACAGCCAUUGCCUGAUUCUUGUUCACAUGGCCCUUACUAAAAUCAAAUGUAUCCCAAUCGUGAUACAUUAAGCAAUGUACCCGCUCGGGAUACAUUACAGCACAUAAUCAAGGCAUGGUGGAAAGUGGCGUGACAGAAGGCGGGAAAAACACUGCCAGUUUUCUUUUUGGUGAAUGAACACUACAACACAAAAAUGAAACCUCAAGCUAAAAAGCAACAAUUUUCAAAGUUAUCCCAGAAGAGAAAGAGCAGCUAGUGGAGGAAAAAGAUGCAAAUAAUAUAAGGAAAGUACUUUGUAAAUCAUCUACUCAGUGGUUUGUGUUCUUAUAAGUACCAAGUCAACUGUUUUGAUUGGCUCCAAUAAAGCGUAUUCUUUUGUUGCUGUUGAAAGUCUAGAAAUUUAACAAAACACUUAAAGUCAGGUCCCUCGAGAAACCAGCUAGUUUUGUUUUCCCUCAAGUCCUGAUGAAAACGACAGGACUUGGGAAAACAAAACUAACUGUUUCCCUCGGGAUCUGACAUUAAGUGUAUAUUAUUUUCAAGAAAAUGGAGUUUAGUUCCCAGUCUUCCCAGAGGUUAGAAUAAUGUUUUUAUUCUUGACCAUCAACAUGGCUGCCAUGAUGUCACGUGCAAACCAGCAAUAAACAUGCGCUUUGGUUUAUACAUGUACAUGCCUAGCAGCUGGGAGCACUAAAAUAAAUUAAUUUGCUGCAGUCGAAUAGUUGUGUAGAAUUUCUGAGAAUGCCUUUUCUCUAACCACUUGAAAGUAUUAUAAAAAAAAAAAUUGAUAAACUGGUUGAAGUGGCUUCUGAAGUUCUAGAAUGUUGUGCUAUGUAGGUAGGGUAUAGAGAAUACCAAGUUUUUAUAUUGCUGAAUGUUGUUUUAAUCCAUGUGGUUUAUUGUAUCAGGAGUGAUCAGAAGACAAGGAAGUCCUCCUCAUCCCCUGUCAAGUUUUAUUCAGGCACAGAUCAAUCAUUCUCACAAAAUUCAAAAUCUUCAACCACCAUCCCACAUUCCCUAUCCAACACAGUCCUCCCAGGUUUACCCAGCAGCACAGGAAAGAUUUGCUGGAUUUCAGCAUGGUCAAGGACAGAAGCCAUUUAUUGCUGGGGCUCAGGUAAGUUAAAACUUUCCUAUUGAUCAAGCCUGUCAGGUCAGGAACCAUUUCUGGUUAUACGAAUUAAGUCAGCUAACUUCCUUUCUGUGCUUAAAAUGCUGCAGCAACCUGACAGCCAUUUUCCAGGGAAGCAACAUGGCCCACCUCAUACCCCUACUGUUGUAGCAAUAGAUUCACAGUUGCCAUUUCCAAGGCAGUCACCUCUACAACACGGAGGGCUACCGCCCACCCCCCAGCAGGUAUGUGGUACUACACUAAAUCCACUAUUAAUUUUAUGAUUAUAAUACAUUCUGGUUGAAUACAAUUUACAGUGAAGCCUGUAGCCUGAGAACUUUUUUGGCAUUUAAAUUGCCAGUUUGUUUAAUUGAAAGGGAAUCAAAGUUUAGGACUGAACUCACUGGUGCUUGAUUCCUUUUAUAUACAUGUACUAUGUCUGCUUGAUAUGGGAUCCACUUAGUACAGGUUUCACUGUGAAUGAGUUUAUGGGGAUGGUUUCGAGGAAGUAUGAUGCUAACUUUUCAACCCACUGCACUGUAGCUUAUGAGAAAGUGGCAGAUUCAAAUAAUUUAAGGUAUGUUACAUAAACACAUUGGUGAGAUGUUAAUGAGAAGUAGCUAUGCUUGGGGUAAAAAGUGAUGUCACAAGUCAUACUUUGAUAGUAAUCACAUACAUGUAUGUCUGGUUUGGAAUUAAACUAUCAAUGAUAACAAUUGCCAUUCUAAGUUAAUCAGUGGUCUCUGUCUAGACAAACAGUUACAGUUAUUACUGUUUAAAGCAUUGUAGCUUAACCUGUAAUGAGUUUUACAUGUACUGUAUUAUUAGUAGGAUUGAAUGUCUUCUUGAACCUUUUUCAGUUUUGAUCUGUUGGGCAAUAAACUUCCAUAUCCAAAGAAAAGUUGAAGAUUUAGUUGCUUGCUUUUCUGAAGUCAGAAUUUUUAUUUCUAGUUUUCUAGUCCUAUAGUCAAACUAUGUUUUCUAAAUCAACAAUAUUUAUUACAGCAGCAACAUCAGCAGCAGUUCUCUUAUCACACUCAGCAGCAACAGCAGUCAAAUUACCAACAAUUUGCAUCACAUGGUAAUCAGAAGCAAGCUUUUCCAACAGGAACCCAUGGACAAACCCUACAACCUGGUACAGCACAGCAAAACCAAGGACACCAACAAGGUUACUCGGCACAGCAUAACCAGGAUCUGUCACACCUGCAAUCAUAUAGUUCAAAUGUUCAUCAGCUGCAAGCACAGCAAUCAUAUCAGGUACAUUCUCAACCUCAGGGAUACCAAGCAAAGCAGGCUACAGCUUACCAACCUCAACAAGUGCCUAUGAGUGGACAGCAUGCUUACCAUCCUCAACAGCAGCAGCAACCUCCUCAGCCUGGGAAGUAUUCUAUGCAACAUGGACACCAAGUACAACAGGAGCAGCUCCACAGGCAACCAACAAUUGCAACCCAUCAGUACCAACAGCAGCAAAGUAGUGGACAGACACAAGGUCGACAACCAUCAUAUGAAGGAGGACAUCAGAGCCAGCAGAUGCCACCACCACCACCACAACAGCAACAGCAGCAGCCGCCGCAGCUCCAAAAACAAGAACUGAGGUCCAGUGGGGGACUUGGAUAUUCUCAACAGUACACAGUAAGUACUUUGUCAUUAUUAUUAUUGUUAUUAUGAUUAUUAACAUUAUCACUUAUUAUCAUUAUCAUUAAUAGUAUUAAAAUUUUUACCAUUAUUAUGGACUGGUUUCAGUUUCAUACCUUUGUUAUUUGCAUGCAAACUUACUAUUAAUUUAUUUUCCAUCCUGUGGCUGAAAUAAUGCUAAAUAUACUUUGUUAUAUGUAUUUAAGAAUAAAAUAGGCAAGGCUGUGCUCCAAGAAAAAUUGAGGGGAGCCCAGUUCUCUGAACUUGUGAAAUCCAGUGUGCCCAGCAUAUGAUUUCUAUGAAAAAGCAAAGAUUUUCUAGUCACCCGAGAACAAAAGUUAGGCGACCGAGCUCUGCUAGAGCACAGCCUUGAUAGGGCAGGAAAAGAAAGAGGGAAAAAAGAGAUAGGAGUCUUUUGACAGGAUAUUUGUGGCAGGUCACCCAUCCAGGCUAGAGGCUACAGCUGUAGUACAUGCUAUCUACAGCUUGGGCAAGCUGUAAAACUGACUGAAGGCUAAGGCUAAGAGCAAUGGCUGUAGCAGCAAAAACCUGUAGUGUGAGAGACUCAAACAUAAUAACUAGAAAUAUGUGUCUUUCACAGAACCUUGUAAAUCACAGGGUUAAUAGGAACUGGGAUUCAAUUUAACUAACCUCCCCCCGCCCCCCUCAAAAAAGAAUUAGUUAAUUAGUAAUUGAUUACACCGUAAGUUAAUUUAUUAAUUGCUUUAUCAAUUCAUUAUAAUAGUAAUCAGAUCAGCCUUAAAAAAACGGCUUUUAAUCCACAUGGUUGUUGAAGAAAUUUAAAUUUCCCCCAAAAAGAUAAGAACAAGACUUAUUAGACCAGUUGCAAAUUCACUAGUACAGCACUAUCGGACAUGUUUUUCUUUACAUGCUAUGUCUGCACACUCUGGUUUGAUGGUUCAGUCAUUUUAGGGUGUUGUUGAGGUGUAGGGCCCCUUUUGAUACCAGCCAAUGGCUGAUAGGGCUAUCCUGCCUAAAUAUAGUUGACUUGUUGUGACUUGCUCUUCUUGCAUCUUAUUCUUGCAAUAUUAUCAAAGGGAGCAAAUUAUUCGCUCGAAGGCAACUUGGUGUGAAAAGGGAGAGAAAAGUAACAAAUAUUUCCUCAAUCUAGAAUCUCAUUGGAAGGCUAAAAGUUCAGUUCAUAACUUGGUUUUUAAUAAAGAGAAAAAUUGUUAGUCACUGAUCCUCAUGAAAUUUUGGGGUUAUCGAAGGCUUUUAUUCUGGUCUGUUUAAGAAGGACGAUCUAAAACCUACUGAAAAUUUGACGAAUACUAUUUUGGAAAAUCCGCUCAUGCCUAGACUUUCUGUUAAAGAUUCUCAAGUGUGUGAAGGGAAGUUAAAAAUUGAAGAAUGUGUGAAGAACCUCAACGCUUUUGAAUCCAAUAAAUCUCCAGGUAAUGGUGGGUGAACAGUUCAAUUUUGCAAUUUUUUUUGGAAUGUUGUUGGGGAAUUUACUAGGCUUAAAGAGGUACUUAUGCAUUUGCCUUGGCAGUAGAAAGGCAGCGUUUGUGAUUGCAAGUGAGACUGUGCUGACUAUGCCAGGCUGAUGAGCCCCUGAGAAGGGUGAAACAGCUGUCCAUGGCUGCCACUGCCCGGGUGACAUGGUUGUGUGCACGUGUACGGUAGUGGCCAUACCACGGAGUUGAUACGUGUGCUUCAGUGCUUUCUUUGCGUUGAAUUACUGGUAAUUUCAUCAAAAUUAAGUUUGCAUCUGAGACGGCGAUCAUACGUGAAAUAUACCCCUAAAAUCAGUCCAUCUUUACAGAAUUCUUUAUUGUGAGGUCUUUAAACGGAGUAUGAGUGAGGUUAGGGGGCGCGGGAAAAGAGUUUCCAAGCAACAGUAUUUCCAACUUAUCAUAGUUUAUAAUGAGACCAGAACAUUUAUCAAACAGCAGCACAAGUUCGAGGAACUGUAUUAGAGAUUUGUCUUCCUUCAAAACACCUGUUAAAUCAUCAGCAAAGAAUAUCAUUACAUCUGACCUUAUUGUUGAAGCCAAAGUUUCUAACAGGAUAAGGAAUUUGUAAAUGAAGUAAACAAAAUUAUAUUUUGACUUUAUUUGGAAAAGUAAAGACAAAGUGGAACGUCGUGUGCUUGUUGGGGACAUUGAAGAUGGUGGAUUGAAAGCUCCACACUUGGAUUCUAUUUUUAAAACUCAAAGAAUAAUAUGCUGUAAAAAGCUUGUGAGUGAUGACCUUAGAAGCUGGAAAAUUCUUCUUCUUCAUUACCUAAAACCAGUAGGUGGCAAAUUUAUCCUUGGCUGCAAUUUCAGUGCGAAAAAGCUACCUAUCAAGCUUCUGGGCUUUUAUGAGGAAUGUUUAAUGGAUGUUUUGCAAUGCCCGUAGCAAACAAUUUUUGUUUAGGCAAUAUUAAUGCAGUGGAUAUUUCAGAGAUCAUUCUGUGGAAUAAUUGUUAUAUCUUAAAUGGUGGUAAAACCGUUUUCAACAAAGGACUAAUAGAGAAAGGAAUUAUAAGAAUAGGAGAUCUUAUUGCUGAAAUUAAUGAAAUCAUAAUGAGUAAGCUAAGGGAGUUUAAUUUAUCCCCACUGGACGCAUUUCAACUUUUUACAGUGAUCAACACACUCCUGAAGGACUGGCCUCAUGAGCUGAAGAGUUAUGGAAAUGAUAGCGUUGUUUCUUUCGAUCUGCACGAGCGGACUCAGUUUUUUUUAAAUCUGGUAAAGAAGUUUUAUUAAGUAAUGCUGUCUCAAAAGGCAUCUAUAAAGAAUAGAGAUGGAGAAAUUGGUCAACCAACUGCGCAAAAGAAUACGUUGAAUAUUUUGAAAAUAAUGAUUUCAACUGGAAAUAAAUUUACAGCUUACCAUACCAGGUUGUGCAAAGUUCAAUAUAAAUUAUUACACAGAUAUCUGGCCACCAGUGAUUUUUUUAAACAAAAUUGGUAUUUCUUCAUCACCACGAUGUUCUCUGUGCGAUGGGGCAGAUGAAUCCCUUGAACACCUUUUUGUCUCUUUCCAGAUUACUCAGAGAUUUUGGGCCAAAAUGGUGUAGCAAUCGGGGGGGGGGGGGGGUUUUUAGCCCCCUCCCAGCUAAAGAUAUAUUAAUUGGUAAAACGGUAUAUAAAGAAAAUUUAUUCAUUAAUCAUAUUUUGCUUGGUGGGAAGCAGUAUAUAUAUUCUUGUAGAUACACAAAAACAAACCCUUGUUUACGGGUUUUCUUGGCAAGACUCGGUAACGUUUAUCAAUAUUAGAAACUGUCAUUGCCAAAUCAAAGAAUAAAAUGUCUUUUCAUUUAUGGAAAUUGCAAGCACUCUUGACAGGUGGUAUACGCAAUUUGCGAUAAAUAGCUGUUAAGGCUUAGUAGUAUUGAUACUGUUGUUGUGUUUGGUGUGUUCUGUGCGUGCGUGUGUGAGUUAUUUGUGUUUUAUCUUUAAAACUUGUAAUGUUGGUAGAGUAUGUAAAAAUUUAAUGUUAUUAUUGUAAGGCAAAAAUGAAAUAAAAAAUGAUUAAAUUGCAAAAAAGGGAAAGUGAAAAAUGCUAGGGUUGAUUUCUAAUUAAUAGCAGUAAGUCUGAUGGAAUAAAAAACUAUUAAGUGACUGAAUUUAGCGAAUAUAAAGUUAGUUAUACCAACAGAAAAAAAAUCUUAUUCUUGCAUGAUUACUUUUGCCACAAUCAUUCUAUGGCUAGAAUUUUAUGCUACUAUCAAGUCAACUUGAAUCUGUUCAGUUGUUUGCUAUUUGCCAUAAACUAAAAUCUCUCUAAUGAUUUCUGACACAACUCUAACUUUGGCUAUAAAGGGGUAUGUGGUGCUGUUUAUUUCGCUUGAAUUGCUUUUUAUUUAUUUCUGCAGAAUGAAUACCAACAACACCAUCCACAGGGACCCCAAGGGAUGAAAAAACAAAGUCACCGAUAUACUCCUUAUCCUUACUCUGGACCAAAGGGACAUCAUCAGGGAGGUGCUGGGAAGAAAUAUCCAGGAAAGUACCAAAGUUCUUUGGAAGGAACUUCUUCCUCUGGGAAUUAUUCAGGUGAGUUCCAGCUACAGGCUGUAGACUCAAAAUUAAUAUUGUUCAUCACUUAAUAAUUUGCUAUUUGACUUUGGUUGUUGCAAAAAAAAGUGGUAAUCCUCUGUCCAUUUAACGUGGCUUAGCAUAGAAGAAUUGAUUUGUUGUGAUUCAGUUUUUUUCUAAGUUUGAAAAAUUUCAAACUGGUUUUCAGGGUAAGAUAAAAAUGACUCAUGUAGCAGCUUGCCCAAAGUGCAAGCUACUACUUUAGUUUACUAGCCCAGAGCUCUGAAGAGCUAGCCCAAAAGUAAAUUGAUUAUUGAAAAUAAUCAAAUUUAAUUAUUACAAAAAAUAACACAGUUGUUAAAAAUACUGAACAUAGGAUAACCGAGAUCGGACGGUAAUUGUUUACGGCGACUCGAUCACCUUGCUUGAAAAGGGGUGUUACCCUGGUAGUUUCGAAAACGAAGCACUCGAAAACGAAGACCGAAGCACGAAGCACCCUAAACUCGAAAACGAAGCACCCAAAUCUCGAAAACGAAGCACCCUAGAUCGAAAACGAAGCACCCUAAAUCUCGAAAACGAAGCACCCUAGAUCGAAAACGAAGCACCCAAAACUCGAAAACGAAGCACCCAAAACUCGAAAACGAAGCACCCAAAAACUCGACACCGGUCUGUCCUUUAUAAACACGAGACCAAUGUAAAUACAGCAGAAAUCAAGCGCGAUAACGAGUAUUGGAUAACGAAUCGAAUGCAGUUGAAAUCUACUCAAGUUGUAAAUGCAUUUCCGCCGCUGCGUGGGAGGCCCGGUGGGAGGCUAUGUUUUGGACGUGAUCAGAAAACUGAGAACGCCCAAACUAUUUCUAGAAUAUUACUGUAUUGCCGUAUUACUGUAUUGCAAGUAUCCCCGUACAAAAUGAUGAGCGUUUUCUAUUCCAUUCCUCGUUAAAGGCCAUUUGCAAAUUAGUGUAGUUAAGGGUGGAUCGGUGGCAUAAAAAGCAUAUCUUCAGGCUUCGCCCCACCGACCUCCUUCUCAGUAGCUUAACUCUCCUUUUUUUAUUCGCUCCUUUUAUUUCAAAAUUCUCCUGUUCCCCACCAUAGAGCCUGAUCCCAGGCUAUUACCCUAGAAAAAAUUCUGCCUGGAUCUGAUCUGAUCUGAUCACGCAGUGUCAAAAAUAUCCGAUAUGGUAGACUGCAAAACAGUCGGUUUUUUUCUCAAAAUCAGUAAAGAAGUCGGUAAAGCGUGGCGUAUGAGUAAUACGCGCGAGCCUCACACUCCGUUUCCAGCCUCGUUUCAGACCUUUUGUGUUACUGCUCACGCGUACUUGAAUACGCCAAAAUCUGCUGACGGACAGUUUUUCAAGUCUACAUAAACAUGCAUGUGUACCGAAAAAACGCAUAUUAAGGUAAGAUGUAUCAAGUAUAGCGAGACCAAUAAUAAAAUUAAUACACUAUAUCCCAUCUAGAAACGUUCAGUUAAACAGUUGGCAGGCUCUUAUAAAACCUUGGGGUGGAUUUUGUGGACCUUUGGAGGUGCGGACGCAUGCGCUGCCUCCACCUGAUUCGGAUUGCGUCAUGCAAGACGUACAGCCUACUGUGGUUUCGAGUUUUGGGUACUUCGUUUUCGAGAUUUGAGUGCUUCGUUUUCGAGAUUUUGGGGUCUUCGUUUUCGAUCUAGGGUGCUUCGUUUUCGAGAUAGGGUGCUUCGUUUUCGAUCUAGGGUGCUUCGUUUUCGAGUUUUGGGUGCUUUGUUUUCGAAGGUUUAGGGUGCUUCGUUUUCGAGAUUUAGGGUGCUUCGUUUUCGAUCUAGGGUGCUUCGUUUUCGAGAUUUGGGUGCUUCGUUUUCGAGUUUUGGGUGCUUCGUUUUCGAGUUUUGGGUGCUUCGUGCUUCGGUCUUCGUUUUCGAGUGCUUCGUUUUCGAAACUACUCGUUUUCGAGUUUUGGGUGCUUCGUGCUUCGGUCUUCGUUUUCGAGUGCUUCGUUUUCGAAACUACCGUGUUACCCUAGCAGAUUUCCAGUCAUCUGGGAUUUACCUUGGCUUAUAGAAUGAUUAAUAAUUAUAUUGCAUGUAGGCAUACUAUUGAGAUCGGUGCACUCCCGAAUAAGCUGUUUGUUUAAUUACUGUCUGAUGCUUUUAUUGUCUUCAGUAAGUUCAACACACUCUAGACAUUAUCAUCACCAAAACAGAAGUCACAAGGCUGGAAACCAACAGAAACCAUCCCGGUAUUACCAGCAGUAAUCAGCUCCUAUAUAAUGGUAUAUGGAACAAUGAUAAGUACAUGAAUAACUGUGAUAACUAGCUUGCGUGUAGGUAGUUGAUAAAACGACAUUUUACUAGCGAGAACAUAGCUGUAGCUUCGUAUUGCCAAACAAUGACAAAUGUGAGACAAUAGCCAUCUUUUUAAUAUCGUAUAAUAAUUGCACAGAAAUCACAAAGGAGCAUCUUUAAAUUCGUUAAAGAUCAGUGAAAUGUCUCUCACGACUCUCUCAUACAUGCAUGUUCUUUUUCGGCAAGCUGAUUUGGUAAAAAAAAAGCACUCUUCUAGGUAUAAUCAUCCUCAUAUUCUUUGCAUGUGCUCUAAGGCAUUGUAGAGUGAUGACAGGCCACUAUGUGACAUUGAAAUAUCAGGCAAAACCCAGAACUAUCGCCUGAAAAGUGUUUGCAACUUAAAGUGACUCGAUUCUGCUUAAUUUUGCCUUGCAAACAACAUAAUUGGACUUCAGGCACGUAUUCUAUUGAGAUUUUAUGUUAUAUGAGUUAAGGCGUAGAAGGCUUUCAUUUCACAGUUGCUGCAAGCACCCUGCCUGAGAGUACGGCGCUAAAAUCCAGCAAGCGAAAGAAAUUCUUUGCUGCAUGGCAGCAGGGUGCGGGGGUAGCAAGUUUCAAGCAUUUUAAAAAACUUUUAUGUAACGUGUUACAUCUGCCUCAUACAAUGUAAUUGGAAUAACCUUGAAUAAGCCAAGCCCAUUUCUGCUACCUUGUGGAAAUUUGUGUUGUAAUUCAUCUUUUCUUAAUUUCACUGAAAAGACUUGAGCAGGUUUUGCGAUCACUAGAAGUCCUUUUUUAAAAGAAAAGUUGUUUUAAACCAAUUUGAUCUUUUCCACGUUCAUCAAAGCUUAGGCCCUUACUUAGAAUAUUAAGGCAUAAAAGCGCGCGUGCGUCGUAGGAACGCUUUCCUCACAUUUUAAAGAUAAUUAGAUACAGAAGAACUGGACAGAAGCCGCCAGAUCUGAUCAGACACCUUCUCUUUCUUUUUUGCCAUGCAAGGCAAUUUUGAUCACAUCGUACAUACGGCUAUAUAAGUAAUAAAUUAUUGUCGUGUUUGUGUGAUUGUGUUAUUGAUGAAGUUAUGCGGCGUUGAUAACUUUACAUUAUCUUAUUUUUACAUAAGCUCGGAUUCCUUUGUUCGUGUGAACAAAUCAUCAUUUUGUGCCGGUUACCAGGCACUGGUUCCUGGUCACUAAGUGUGGACAACCCCUAAUUCUAACAAAUGGCCAAAGUCUAAAAUCAAGAAAAAUUAUACGGAGGUUUGCUAAAAUGUAGCCUGCGAACGAACACGUCUUUCCUGUCGCCGCUUUUCUCGGGUGUGAAGAGAAGCUACGACCGGAAAUACAUUUGCGUUCGCAGGCUAGCUAACAUGAGAAUAGGAAAAAAACGUCACAAGAUUAGUUUUAAUAUUAGAACCUUCAAAAUGAGUUAACUACACCACGUGUCUAAUAAAAAUGUUUCUUUGUACAUUCAGUCAAUGAAGUCUUUUUUUCCCAAAUGGAAUACAUAGCCUUCUCCUUAUUGGAAACGUGUUAUGGGUCUUUGAGCACUCAUUCGACACGAAAUCGACGAAAAUUCUGGACAUUGAGUAAAAGAAUAUCAUCCUUGGUAUUUGUUUUUUCCUUUUAAGCUCAUUUUUUCAUAAUACCAUACUUUAAAAGGAAGUUAAAAAAACAGCAAACAAACAAAGAAUGAGACAAAGAGAAAAUUAAACCACAGCACUGACUUCUCUAAAUAACAGUGGUCAAGGUUGUCUAUUGUAAUUUAGAGAAGUCAACUGUUGUGACUUAAUUUUUCCCAAUACACAGGUUUUACCAGGGAGGAGGGGGGCGGAGGGCAAGGUACUAUGGAGCUCAUGAUCUGGCCCUUUUUUUUGCGAAGAAAUAUAUCAGAAUCAAUGAUAUCAAAGGCCCUUGAAUAAAAUGUGCUUGAAUCUCGAAAGUUUGAAGCACAGGGAAGUUGGCUAUAAUAAGUUUCGAUGGAGUCGAGGAGUCAUGAACUUUUUUUGAGCGCCAUUACUGAGAAAGAAUUUUUAAUUAACGUGAAAAAAUCAUUCAAAGCUAUUAGUUUAUAAAACAAUUAGGGUACCACAGCAACGCCGCACGUGUCUGUUUUGGUUUCGCUUCGGUCGCUCGAAAACUCAAAAGUCAAAACAACGAGCCGGUCAGCCAGCUGGAAACCAGUCAAACUAGGCAAAAUAUUAGAGCAAUAUUGGAGGUUUAUAAGGUUGACGUCACUUGGCAGCCGGCGUUGAAUUUCCCGCCAUUUUUGCAAUGUUUUUGUUAAAAAAACUUUCAUCAUCAUAAUCAUCAUCAUAAAUCAUCAUCAUAGGAAGUCGCACGCACUCAUGGUCAGUUGCUAGAAGUUAGGUUAUUAUGUGGAAAAACAGGCGUCCUGGGGUUUCUUUUGGGCUGUCAAGAUAGCUUCGAACUUAACCGAUCGUGUAAGCUUUGAGGAGAGCAGGAAAUUCAAGAAGCGCCAGAUACUUUCUCAGGUAAGCUUAACUGUAAAGCCGUAAGUUCGUAACUUACGAAGCUCGCACGCAUAAAAAACGAUUUUUUUAAAAAAAUUGUACUGGCUUUUUCUUUUCAUUUACAGCGGAAAGGUUCAUCGGUAAAACGUUGAACACUGCUUGUAUAACAUGGAUGAAGGUUCAUUUUAUGAAGGUAACCGCAAGGAGUUGUUUUUCAGUCUCCUAGUCUCAUCUCAUAUUUCAAAGUCUCUGCUACUGCGUAGCCGGCGGGAUUGUUAUUUAUCUCGAGCAAACUUUAGACAGAACUUCGAAGCCGCCGAAGCCGUACAGAGAAUGGCGGCUUCGCCGCCAAACCUUUCACACGCGCAAAAACAAUUACGCCAGCUACGCAGGCUACUCCGGCCGUCCUCCGGCCGACCUCCGGCCAGGCUAUUAAGAAUCUCCUCUUUCCCUGGAAGAGGAAAUUCAGGGAAGGGGCAUAAGCCCUAAGCCAUGGGAAUUCUCUGAAUAGUUUUAAAAAACACCAUUAUCGUCUAUCUAUUCAAGCAUUCUCAAUCUUUGGUAUCUUAAUUACACGAAGCUGGACCCCCUCCCCCCGCUCGGCUGACACCCGGACAUUAGCACUUUUUUUUGCCUUGGAUGGCAAGUUCCCGGGGUUGGGGACUCUUUAGCUGUCAAAUCCGGGACGACAAAAAGAGGGCAAAUGCCCCGUCCUCCGUCAACACUGCAACAUUUUUCAUUGAUCGCACAGUCGUGUAGUGCCAUUUGCGAUUUUUUUUUUCAGUCAACGUCUUACUUUGUAAUAGUGCUGUUCUAAUUAAGACUUAAUAGUGCGCUGUAAAGUUAACUGUUAUGAAUAGUUCUUUAAAUAUGAAAGAAUGUUCUUCAUAUAAUAUCAACAGAAAUUUGAUUCAAUAACCAAAAAAACGUUGAUUCCCGUCGAUAGCUCCUGAUUUCGCCAUGUAAUUCUGGCUUGAUAAGCAAUGAAGAAAUGCAUGCAUAAAAUCGAGAACAUGCCUUUACAAACCUCUUCAAUUUUUCCCCGUCCUUAACAAAUGAACCAAUCUGUUUGUUUUUCUGGUAAAAUCCUCUGUAUAGUUACAUUCUGAUAGGAAACCGCCUGCGUGUCAAAAGCUCGGGUUUUGCCCCGGGGUUGGCAAAUGCCCGGCGCCCGGGCAGCGCACAAUUUGCAAAUGCCCCACCCCUGAGACUGACAGGGCGGGCAAAUGCCCCGCAGUGGCCCGGGGCAAAGCUGGGUGCAGCUGGAAUUGACUGAUGCAUUAUUAGUUUACUUUUAUUUUCUUCGAAGAUAAAGAACAAUACAAACAUAAUACAUCAGUCAAUUCCACGUGCGCCCAGCUCCCCCCCGGGCAACUGCGGGGCAUUUGCCUGCCUUGUCAGUCCCGGGGGUGGGGCAUUUGCAAAUUUUGCACUGCCCGGGGGCCGGGCAUUUGCUAACCCCCGGGCCAUUCCCGAGCUUUUGACACGCACGCGGUUUUUUAUCAGAAUAUAACUACACAGAAAGUUUUACUGGCGAAAAAGCAGAUUGGCUCAUCUGUCAAGGACAGGAAUAAAUUGUAAAGGGUUGUAAAGGCAUGUUCUCGAUUUUACAUGUAUGUAUGCAUUUCUUCAUUGCUUAUCAAGCCAGAAUUACGUAGCGAAAUUGGAGCUUUCGAUGUGACUCAACGUUUUUUGGUUAUUGAAUCAAAUUUCUGUUGAUAUUAUUUGAAGAACAUCCCUCCAUAUUUAUAAAACUAUUCAUAACAUAUAACUUUACAGCCGUCUGUUAAUUUUGAUGUCAAUAAACAAAAAAUCGCAUAUUAAAAUGCUUAAAAUGGCACUAUUUGACUGUGCGAGCAAUGAAAAAUGUUGCAGUGUUGACGGAGGACGGGGCAUUUGCCCUCUUUUUUCGUCCCCACCCCGGGGGGUUUGACAGUUCAAGAGUCCCCACCCUCGGGAAUUUGCCAUCCAAGGCAAAAAAAAUGCUAAUGCCCGGGGGGGCGCUGGGCGCAGGUGGAAUUGACUGAUGCAUAACUAAUACAUAAAAUCGUGGAGCUUUCGAUCUUAAGCAUAUAUUGGCGGAAGGAAUGUAUGGAUGGUCUGCAUAUGCAUGAAUGAACAUACUUCUAACAGAAAUUUUGUUAUAGAAAAUCAUUGAGAAUAAUUACUGCCGGAAUGAUAAAGGUCGGGUUUUUUUGCCCGUUCUUUCAGGCGCUCCGAUUUGCCAAAGCUGCAAUACAUGUGCCGACUGGCCGCCACCAUGUUGAGUACUGCUUCUUCUCAUUGUGACGUCAUAACGUGAUAAACGAUUGUAAUAUACCCAUUAUAUCGGUGCCUUUUAGCUAAUUAUCCAGAUAACACAAACGACUGGAAGUCGGGAAACCGUAAAGACCGAGAUAAUAUGAAUUAACAGCAGAUAUUUCUUCCUGUAUUCACUAGAUGACAGAUCAGUAGCAGAGGCUAUCAGCUUUCUGAAGCCGGACGAAGGGUCCAUUACUUUUAAAAGUACUAACCAGCAGGUAGAAGAGGGGACACCAUAUCCAAGUGCUGAAAAAUACGUAAACGAUGAGUGUGAUUUCACAGUUCCCGUUUGCGAAGAAUCGAACUUCCAACCUGCUGAGGUAAGAAGCUGGGAGGGAAAGGACCAGAACUUAACAUCAGUGCAGCCACAGUUCCCAUCUGCAGAACGCCCGCAAACAGGACAAACCCGACUGGCUAACGACUAUCCAUCGCGGUCAACUGCUGACCUCAUGAAUUUGGGAGAAAAUUUAAUAGAGCUCUCUUCUGAGUGUCUAAUUCUUUCGUCGCCACCAUCUAAACGGCCGUGUUUACAGAGGAGCAUCAAAGAUGUCACCGAGAACAAUGAUGGGGGAACGAAACGCUGCCUAUAUUUUGAUUGGAAACCUCACGGACGCUUCGAAAGUGAGUUUGCCAACAAGGGUGAGUACAAUUUUCUUUAGCAUCAGAAAUAUUUCAAAUUUUCUACACAGGCAUGGCGUGUUAUAACAAGUGACAUUCGCUCACAUACGUUUGCUAUUAACUUGUAGGUCUCAAACGGUCUUUUAUCUGAUUAUAUACUGCCAAAAUGGGGAAACGCUUAGUUUCAGCUACUGUGAACCCAGGCCUGCUGUGAACCCUAAAGAACCACGCGUUGUGUGGUGCAAUGAAACAUGAACCAAAAGCUAAUUGCUCUACGGGUUUUUUACAUGUAAAACCAGCAGUUUUGUCUGGUACUUUACGCAAGUAUAACCAACUGUUUCGUAGUUUUUGCAUGAGCGGUCCCUUGUUUACCUGAUUUUCCCGCAGUUCACAUCAUCUUCAUUCUAUGUUUCAUUCCUUUCACGGGUUAAGAAAAACUCAACAAAUUCUGUCUGCUCCCAAUGUAUGGACCUAGCAUAGUGGCCAUGGGUCCGAAUUCCGCUUAAGUUCCGAAAUGUUUUCGGGUUAAUUUGCAAUUGCUUAAAUUGUAAUUACCACUGCGACGAUCAUAAUUUUAUUGAUAUUUGUAUAUUUCCACAGUCCACAUCAUCUUCAGUCUAUGAUUUGUCAAAUGUAGGUUAAAUCUGAUUCUGAUUGUGACGCACUUAUUGCAUCCCCUUGAACGCGCGCAUACAGGUUUAGAGCCCACACCGAUCGAACAAGCAGGACUUGUGGCCCAAUAAUAAAUAAGACCCACAACAGAAGUGUCUAUUUCUACAAUUCAUUAGGUCCCGUCGUAUGGCCAGCAAUUGGAGUCAAGUCUGAACUAACCCGAAGUAAGAGUCUUAUAAUUAUUUAACCGAGUAACCAUGUUUCGACUUUGCGCAGAUGUUUUUGUACCAGCUGAAAAACGUUCUAUAUUUCUAUUUCUGUAUUUAGGUUGCCCAUCGCGCCAAGGAUACGAGUGAUUGCUUCUUAAAAUGUUCACAUCAUCUCGUGUUUUUAACGUUUUUUUUAAGACUUACCACGAAUAACUUAAUUAGGUAGAGAGAAAAUCAUGCAAAGUUACUCUUUACGCUAAGUGGCCUUGGCGUGGUUCGUUACCUGCUAAAAUAGGAUGGGUCAUUAUUUGAAAAGAAAUUCGUCGUAAAUUAGAUGUGUUCAUAAAUUGACCUAACCCUAAUCCUAACCCCAACCCUAACCCUAAUCCUAACCCUAACCGUAACCCAAACCCAAACCCCUGGGAUAUGCGGCUACGUGGCUACACGAGGGGUAAUAGCUUCGAAGUGGCCGGGUAUUCUACGUAGCCACGUAGCCGCGUAGCCACUGUUAUAGGGGUAUAGCUUCGAAAUGGCCGGAUAUUCUGCAGUUAAGCCCAUAAAUUUUAUUUGAAAAAAAGUAUAGCGAUCUAGUUUAUGUUGAGAGGAGUACAUAAAUGAAAAAGAUCUUUUUAAGUUCCAGAUUAGGGGAUUUAGUGCCCUACGCGAAUGUUUAUUAGUUUUUUUACAGUUAUUUCACAGAAAUCUCAGAAAUUGACGGUUUCUUUCUUCGCCAUGGUUGAAAAAGCUAAGCUGUUGUCAGAGGAAAAACUUCGUGAAAUAAAGAAGCUUGCGGGAAUUAAAGACUCCGAGCGAGGUUAUAAGUCAGCAUACAAGGGAAACAGAGAAACAUCUGCUUUGCGAGCCGAGAAAGUCGCUGCGGUUGAUUUACACCCCGAGGAAGAAAACACUUGUGAAUCGGAGCUUGAAUUUUAUACCGAACAAGAAACAAACAGUUCUAUUUAUACUGAAGGUCUUCACUUCUAUGCCGAUCAAGAAGUACCUUUUCAACACCUAAGCAAUGAUGGUAACAGCAAAGCUUCAGAGGAUGAUGAAGUUUUUAGUGCACAGUUUCACCGAGAUUCCGACAAACUGAUCUCUAAUGAAGUGCAGCAACUUGACGUACCAGCAGUGGACGGUAUUAACAGAAUCUCGCAAUUUGAAGAAUCCGCUGCACUGCCUUAUAACUCAACCAUCGGAAGUGUAUGCUCGCAUCAGCUUUGCUUGGAAUUCGCUGAGAAAGCCGAGAAGGGUAAAGCUGAUAGAUGUGGAGAAUUUCCUGGUGAUUUCUCACCGAUGGGUUUAGAUUUUGAGCAGGAGCAACAAAUAAUGAUGGUUACAAACGAACAUGUUGCAAGCAACUGUCCUAUAUUGCCCCCAGAAAUAAUAAAAGAGACGGACUUGUGCUCUUUCUUACGCACGAUAGAUGACAGAGAUCUGAUAGAUGAGGUAAAUGGAUUUACGUAACAAUGCUUUAUGAAAAGAAAAAAAUAACUCGCAAAGAGCGUAUUUUACAAAAGCUUCCGAAGAACAUCCAUCGACCUACGCAAACUUUGCUCGAAACGCCAGCCUUUGAAUCUUUGCGGUGGAAAAUUUAGGCCCAGUGCAGACGCUGAACUUUUCAUGAGCCAAACCUAAUUCGAAUUAAGGCCUACCAAAAUUAUUUAGAUCGGCUGGAUUGAUUCAGACGCUGAUCUUAAUUCCAGCCGAACAAAAUUCAAAAGGAGAAAAAAUGCUAAUUUCAGUAAAACUGCUUACAAAAUACGUUAUAAUAAUUUACGCACUACGUUCGGACUUGAAAAGUUCGGCGUCUGAAUCGAAGCCGUUCCAAAGUCGCUCCAAAGCCGAAAUUGCCCGCCGGGCUAGGCAAGAAGAACGGCUGAGCCGUUCCAAAUUGAAAUAGGCGUUCAAACGCCGAACUUUUCAUGUACUUAAUUCAACUUAGCUUCGGCUCAUGAAAAGUUCGUCCUCUGAACUGGACCCCACCGACCACCUUCGACGGAGGGUUAUGGUCUCAUUAUUGUCAAUAUUGAAUUUUAAAAGCAUGUAUUUUCUGUUGUUCACAGUCGCGUCUAGGUGACGUUGUUGGGUGCCCCUUACAACAGAGAAACCGCUAUUCACUCACUAGAGAAGCAACUGCACUGUUCAGACGAGAAGAAAUACAGGAUAGCGUGAAUAACGAUACAUUUGGCGAUGACAUCGAGGAACAGUUUUUAGGUUUGGAGUGUCUAAUUACAACUGGCCUGCCAAACCGGACGAAACCUGCUUCAUAUAUCGAACGUUUUGAUAAAGAAAUAGCUGAUGAGUGUGCAGAAAACCAAACUCAGGAGGAUUUUUUGGCGAGCAAACAAGCUUUUUCUCUUUUGCGGAAGACCACACCAAGCUCAAUAAGCAGAGCAGAUUACAACGCUAAACAUCAUUAUCACAAUGUGUCGGGGAAUGGAAAUCAUCAAGGAGCCAAGGAUAUUGCAGUUGGUGUGGAAAAGCUAAGAGAAUGUGAGUUUCUUACACAAGAGAAUGGCAAGCAAGCACUUUUAUAUCAAAAAGAUAUCACAAAAGCUUUAACCAAGACAGUAACACCAGUUGAUGUCUUACUCGAGGCCAGAGAUGAAGACAAGAAAAAUAAAGGAGGGUUCCUCCAAGAAUCUGGCGAUCAAGGAUUUCAAGCUUCAGGUUCGUUUUCUAACGCAAAAUAAUUUUGUCGUCAAAGUGUAACAGUGCAUAAAACUUUUUUCGUGCAUGAUCAUAGCGAUUAACUAUAAUUCUAGUUCGUCGUUGACAUGUAAGCUACCGCAAAGAUGUCGCUCCUGCAAACGCACAUAGAUUUUUAUUUGGCACUAUCGCCAGUGCACAGAAUCGUUCACUUUUAAUAGCAAGGGAAUAGCACUAAUAUGCUUUAGUAAAAUCCAACUAGUGGUGGUCUAUUAUCAAUGCUGUGUUCUGAUUGGUUGAGCUACUACUAGGCUAUAUGUUAUGGCCCACUAGUAGCGAAAAGCGCGGGCUUUUUGGCGGCAAAAAAGGAUUAAAGUCUAGCUUUAACGUAGCUAAAAGUUUUUUGUUCUCGAUAUUUUUGAUCAACUAGCUGGCUUUUACUAAAACAAUUAUUCCGCUCGCCCUCAUGGCCUCUGAAUCAAUAGCUCAUUCCGCCUUCGGCCUGGGCUAUUAACUCAGAGCCCUUUCGGGCUCGAGGAAUAAUUGUUAAAUACUGACACAAAAGAAACGGAGAGAAGACCGUUCAACCAAAUCUGUCUUACCUUCUGUGCUAUUAUAGAAAGUGCGAUACAAAUUGAAAUGCAGACUUAAAGCAAUUAAGUACUGAUUUUAACUAGCGACAAGUUUUCAGUCUCAGCGAUCUGAUGGCUCGACUCGGGGGACGGAGGUAGCCGUUUUUCUCCCCACCGGAUCCCAAGGGAAAACAGCCGAGCUGCGAAAGAGAGUUUUCCAGCAGUCCAUUACAGUAGCUAAGAUGUCUACAUUUACGUUCCACUUUUUUACCUGAAGCUUGUAACGGGUUCCCAAAGUAAGAAGAGUUGUCUUGCUUCAUUUGAAUUAUUCUGCCGAGGAUUUGAUUUAUUUUUUCGAUUUAUAUAGAUGCAAAAAAUGAAACGAAAACCAUCAACUGCCUUCUAAGAGGACAGAUUGAGAAAGAAAUGCCUGAACUGGAUGGUCCUGAGAUGCUGCAGUUUGCUAUGAUGUUUGUCCAAGGAGCUCUAAAAAAAACUCAGGUUUGUGAUAUAAAGCAUCACUUUGUUGUUUCGUAUUUUGUUAAUACUACGUUUGCACGUUUAGUUGUGGCUCAAAAAUGUCGACAUUAACUGAUUUUGUUGGGAACAUGACGUCGUGGUAAGUUUAAGAACUACGAAGCGGAGAAGGUGAUGCGGUUUGUCGGAUGAGAUUGUGCUUUUUUUGUCAACCAGUUUUUUAAAAAUACGUUAUAAGCUUAACUAGCACAGGGCUGUCCAAUGGGCUUUGGCACCACUGACGCAAAGGACACACAGGCCCCACGUGAGGUGCCCUCCCUACGGAGUACCCACUCUUAAAACGCAGAAAAGAUCUCAAAGAACCUAUCAUAUUGUUCCGCCCCUUGAGGUCAUUUAGCGUCUUACAAGAAUAAAAUCACAAAACACUGCAGAGGUGGGGUUGGUCAUUAUCCGAAGACUUUAACCAUCUGCAGAUCCGAAACUGGCAGGGCGUUCUCUUCCGUUAAUUUAAAGCUUUGGGGGUGGGUCAGGAUCAGAACUCGGAACCUCGCAGAAGCUGGGCCUGGUUGUUCGAAGCUGGGUUGAGAUAACUAAGGGUUAGUACGAAAUUUGAACUCAGACAUGAAAACUUAAAAAGUAAAUUCAGUUUAAUUAUCUUGGCCUACAAUUUGAUGAUUGGAUACUCUAAAAAGAAUGGAGAAAAUUAUUUGAGAGAGUGGGUUUGUUAAAAAGAUAAAGACUCUUUAUCUUUUUAACAAACGCGGAAACCCGAGUUAAAAUUUAACCCCAGGUUAGCGCUAACCGGCGUUCGAACAACUGGGCCCUGCUGAGUUCGAAUACAGCCAAUUGGGCUAAAUAGUCGGCGGUCUCUGCGCCGAGUUGUUCAAAGCUGGGUUAAGAUAACCGAGGGUUAGUUCGAAAUUUGAAUUCAGAUAUGAAAGCUUAAAAAGCAAAUUCAGUUUAAUUCUUUUUGUCAACAAUUUUUUGAUUGGCUAUUCUAAAAAGCAUAGAGAAAAUUGUCCGAGAAAAUGCUUUUGAUGAAAAGAAAAAGAGACCCGAGUUAAAAUUUAACCCUGGGUUAGCGCUAAUGAUCUAUAAAACGUUUUUGUUUUCAGACCGUGCACGAGACUAAUAAUCCACUGAAAAGUAAGCUGACCUUUCAGAGCCAACAUCUAGUUCCUAAUCGUAGUGAGGAUGACAAAUUCGCCGACGUCACACUUGCAGGUAUCGCUAACGUUUUUAUAUGACGAGUUCUACGCCUUCGUUUAAUGGUUAUAACGGGCCGAAAGGAGUUCACAAUUACCGGUUUGAGGGAUUACAUUACGCCUUCCUAAAUACGAGUCCUUCAUAAAUGCAAAAACCGUUUAAGGUAUGGCUAUGAAACUUAGGGGAUUAAGAAAAAUUUUGUUUUAAAAUGGGAUAUUAGAAUCCUGACUAAACAUACCCGGUCAAAGCAUGGAGGUCUGCAGGCGGCCAAAAAAAGGCCUAACAAGUUAAACGGGAAUGUUACAUGUUUUAAAGCAAAACUAGUUCAAGUUUGCGUGGAUUCAGGGAAACGUUUGAGUUAUGUUAAAUAAAUAUGAUAAACAUGAUCAAGUUGUGAAUACUCCUAAUUCCACCACUGACAUAUUUCAUUUUUUCACCAAGGGAGUGACUUAUCCCAUACCAGAGGUGAAUACACCAAUGCUGACAAAGAAGAGCCAACCCGGAUCAGACCAUCGUCACACACUUCAUGUACUCGGCCAUUUAGACUUGGAUUACCAAGAAAGCAUGGAAAUAAAUCACUGCAUCCAUACAUAAUUAAGAAGCCCAAUUCAGAAAGAUAG